GUAUACAAAGAAAAUUUUAGGUUAUAUUCAUUAGCUAACUUUAAAAAUAUACGUUGUUAGUGCACGGUUAACUAGAAUGUCGGAGUGCGAUAAAACGCUUCGAUUUCAUUGAAGAGCCAAUAUACGGGAGCAAGUGUUUUGUAAAUAUUGUAUUAAGCUCGAAAUAAUAUUAAACCUUUAAAAUUAUUAUUAUCGAAGGAAGGGGUUGAAUAUUAAUUAUGGAAAGCGUAGCAGAAUCAAUUAUACAGCGUGCCAUUGACAAAGAAAAAAAAGAACAGUAUACAAUGGCAUUGGUAUUAUAUCAAGAAGGUUUACAAAUGCUUAUCGAUGCCAUAAAAGAAUUGAAGGAUCCAGUUAGAAAAGUGUCUUUUCAAAAUAACGCUAAAGAGUAUAUGGAGAGAGCUGAAAGAGUAAAAGCAUUAAUUGAAAAAAAAAAAUUAUCCGGCAAAUAUAGGGAGCAUAUAAAAAUUGAAAGUAAUGCGACUGGUUACGGAUACAGUUCUGUAUUUGGACGUUUUUUAGAUGGGAGAGUGACACAAAUUUGUGUAGAAGAGCCGUAUAUUAGAACAUAUCAUCAGUGUCAAAAUUUUCUAAGAUUUUGUGAAUUGGCUGUACAAAAAUGUCAGUCGCUAUCUAAAAUAUCAUUGACCACUACAAGUGAGAAAAACAAGAAAAGCGAGCAGUUAGAAUGGUUAGAACAAUUGAAAACGAGUUUAGCCGAUCACCUUGUAACUUUAGACGUACAAUUUUCAGAGACACUGCACGAUCGACAAAUUAGCCUUAAUAACGGAUGGAUUAUAAAAAUUGGACGUGGUUUGGAUUAUUUUAAACCACCAUUUUCAAAGUUUGUACUUGGAUACUUUGAUCUUGAAUUAAGACCUUGCCUUGAGACGAAAGUUGACAUUUUUCAUCAGAGUCAGAUCGAAGAUAAUAAGAAAUAAGCUAAGAAAUCAAUAAUUAAUUGAUGUAUAGAGCUUUUUUA